AUGUUUUUAUGAUAAGUGUGUCUCUUUCUCGUGGUACAUAUUUAUUAACUUUAUUUAUAAGUAAUUUUUUAAUUGAAUUGGAAAUAUACAAGAAAUGCAUCGACAUAUGUUGUAGUUUUGUGUGACAAAAUGGUAUACAUAAAUUUGUAACAACGUUAAAAUGUGAAUACCACACAGGCGAUAACAAGCUGUGACCCUGAAGUAAUGGAUGUCGAGACGCCAUCCUACAGCGGUAAAAUUAACCAGGUACUCGAGAGGUUUCUUGACCCGGGCUUUAAAAUAAAUAGCGAUGUAUAUUUGAAUUUACUGCUCACUCAUCUGACUGGAACUCCAGAUGGAAAAGACUCGAGUGUCACAAUCCCAUCUCACAAAAUAUUCCACGCUUGGAUUACUAAAGCUGUUACUCUUUGGAAAGAAAAAAAAGUGAAACCCCAGCCCUCCAUUCUUUCGUUCGCCUUGAACCUUGCCGGAAGCCUGUCCAAGGACGAGCAAAUAUUCGUUAAGUUUAAUACCACCAACACUUACGAAAACCUUAUCAGUGUCGUGCGACUGGACGGGGAAGCUAUCGUUAAACUAGGAUUUAUAAAUUUGUUGUACUCUUUGUUGGAACACAAGUCAGGGGUGCAAUGGGUAGUAGCCACCAGUUACUGGAUGGACAUCCUAAGUCUUAUUCUGAAGCCCCAGACUCUGUAUAUUAGGAAACAGGGGUAUCAAUUUUUCAUUAAGCUCUUGGAGAAAACCAUCUCCUUCAAUCGGCAUUUUGGCUUGUGUAUCGUCGGCUCCAUGUUGAAUCCGAUAAAAGAAUUCAUAAAAAAUUUACCGAAAUCGAGUCAGGACUUGGAAAUACAAAGCCAGCCUACGUAUGACACCCUACACCCGGCAUUGGCGUUCGUUACGGAAGUGCUUGAGGUGCUGUUCCGCAACCUCAACAUGGACGUCCUCAAAUUGUUCGUCGAACAGGAAAUAAAAGAGUUGAUCAAUAGUGUUCUUCUGUUGUCUCAAAACGAGGAGUUCUCGUUUGAGUUAUUAAAAAUUAAACUUUUGCUGAUGUUUUACCAGCUGCACGUAGACUUGAGGGGGUUAAAAGUUAUCCAGGAAACGAAGGCCAGCCAAGAGGUGAUGGGAAUUUUCAAUUUGUUAUCGUCGGAAAUCGUGAAAGAUCACCCGAGGACCGUAAUAAAGUUAUGCCAUCAGGGAGUCUAUUACUGGAAGCAGAUCGACAAAAACAUGCCUGUUUGCUUCCGCCAAGGCGAACUCAUCGAAUUCGAAAACCAAAUGGUGAUAUUUCAGUUGUUGCCUAUUAUGGUGUUCAGCUUUAAUACGAUCGGCGAGCAGUAUUCGGCCAACAGCCUGAACGACGACGACUUCAAGAGAGAAUACAUGAUUAAGUUGUUGAAAAAAAGUGCCGCGCAAACUGUCCAGCUCGCGUACUCUUUCAAGAACCGUUUGCUGGCGCUACCGAACGUCAUCGACCACGCCGUCUACGCCCUCCAGUUUCUCCUCAGAUCCAAGCAGUUUUACUCUCGGGAAACGGGCGCCCUCGUUUUCCAGCCGCUGAUUUACUGCCUGCAGGAUUGCCUGCAGUACUGCAGCAAAAAUCGGCAGCUGUCUUCGCCCAAAUCGAAACUGCUGUUGGAUUCCUUAUUGGAAGCGAUCGUCGUGUACAUCGAAACGUUCAGUUUGACGUGGAAGGACAGCAUCGAAACCAUAUGCGUCAUGAACCUCGCCUAUGAGUUUCUAAAUAUUUCGGAAUUGCUCUUAGAGCCGAGGCUGGUGGUGCAGGGCUUGAAGCUGCUCAACACCGCGAUCUCAAAGUACAUGUCGCCCAAUAUGGUAUUGCUCAUCGACACCCCGAGGGAUUCGAUAUUGGGCCACAUCGGGCCCGUGCUGUACGCGAAAUGUCACAACCCCAACUGGGAGAUUAGGGACAGCGCCCUCGAAGUCAUCUACACCCUAUGCUCCAACGCCCACACGAGAUAUCCGUCGUUUCAGAAAAUCCUGUUAGACGCCGGUCUGCCUCAGUUAAUACUCGAAAUGGCACUUAAAGACGGCGAAUCGUUCGUUAGGGCGACGGCGUUGAGGUGCCUGCAGGAAUCGAUCCUGGUGCCGACCAUAUGGGGCGUUUUCAAUGAGCUGGGCGACUUUUACGAAAAAAUCCUCGGCAUUUUCCGCGACGAAACCGAGGGCGUGGUUCGGAAGGAGGCCGCCCUGCUCGUGUGCAAAAUCUACGAAGAGCACGCAGUCGCUGACCACGCCCAUCCCAAAAUAUAUGACGUGAUGACGCACGCGGCCACGGCCGACCUCCACUGGGAGGUGAAGGUGAACGCGCUUAGUUUCUGGGAGAAGGUGGUCAACCGGCACCUGCACCACCAGGGUAUGAUCGACGGCACGUUCCCCAGCGUCACGUUCUCCAAGGAGAAUCGGAAAAUAGUGACGCUGAACGCGGCCGAAGUGCGCAGGCGCCUCGUUAAAACGUUGGACGUACUGAGCGCGAACGGGUGCCUCGCGGUAUUCGUAGCCGCCAUACAAGACGACUGCGACCUGGAGGUGUCGAGAACGGCCACCAGGAUCGCAGGAAAGUUCGUCACAUUACUUAAACAGUACGAGGUAUCCGUCGAGAACGUCAACUCGAACGGGCUUACGAACGUGACAUCACCGAACUGUUGGAGCGGUGCCAGCGCGCCGAUGACGUCGUCCGAUGGUACCCCAACCGACGUGUCACCCGAUAUGGAACUGGAGGUGACGCCCCACUCAACGUUGAGCUCAUUUUUCGAGCCGGUGAGUCCAGAAUGCGCACCGCCCAUAAGUCCCUCGCUGAACCUCGACCCGCAUCCUUCGGUCUCGUCGGACUCUAAUUCUCCGGGGGUCGGGUCUACCCCGGAGUUUUCCGACGAGACUAGCCUCUACGCAAACGGGUUCGCCGUACCUUCGAACCCCGCUGCUUUGGACGACAUCGUGAACGCCAACGACAUCAAUUUGUUGCAGAGCAUAUACGACCCUAGUGAUCAGCGGGCCGGCAUUGGAGGAACGGUCUCGAUGAGGACCAGGCGGGUUUUAUCACCCGGCGAGUUUAUAGAGUUCGCAUACAAGGAUGUGGACACGCACGUCGAAGACAGAGCCCAAUGGCUGAGCAGUCUAGACGAGUUCGGGUCAUUGUUGGACGACAUUUUACGCGACUAUAACGACGGCGCCGACGUAAACGACAUGGACUGCUAUUAACAUUUAUUU